ACCAAUCGGCAACCGGGGGUUAAUAAUCAACGUCAAACAUAAAGAGAAAAACGUGUUUGCACACUGAAGUAAAAUAAGACAUUUAACACACCAGUGUGCGAAACUCUUCGCAGGAGAGCAAAGAGAAAGACGCAGGCAAUUUCCCUUUGCCGUUCGUUUCGCUCAUUCUUCUCGCGACGACGAGGAGAACUCAACAGGCACGGCGUGUUUUAUUCACUUGUGAAUUUGUGGAAUACUAAGGCACAUGGGCAGGCCGAGACUCGUGGACACGACCAAUCUGGUGGUGGUGCUACCAAAUCGGACCUGUCGUUGUGUCGUCUGCGACAAGAUAUUGGCCGGACUGCAGAGGAGCAACAUCAAGCGGCACUACGACCGCCUCCAUCCCAAUAUCGUCCUCCAGCGACCGCCACGCCCCCCUCAGCAGCCGAAGCCCCAGAAGCCCCCGAGCGAGGCCUUAAAUACCAAAAUGGGUCGUCCCCAGAUGGUGGACACCGACAAAUUGUGUGAGGUCCUCCCCGACGGAAAGAGAUGCCGUUGCAAGCUUUGCGAGAAGGUGUUAACCCAUCGGCCGGGAAAUGUGAGGCGCCACUAUAAUACUUACCACCCACACAUCAUCGUCCAGCUGGCGCCCAAACGUUGGGUCAUCGCCGAGGACAAGCUCAUUCCCAAUAGCCAAAGACUGAACAAUCCGGAUGCCUCUCAGCUGCCCACCAAUAGUACCACUAAUAGUACCACCAUGGAAACCACCGUCAUGGUGGAUAAUGAAGAGGCUGGCGACGGAGAUUACGAGGACAACGCUUCUGGUAGCCAAUUCGACAUCUUCAUAGGGAAAUCGGAGCUGCCUGAUGAGGAUGACAAUCAAACGGAAGAAUCUGACACCGCAGUGGAGCUAUUGCCCAUAACCGAGGCUAAACCUGGGGAAAACGAACCGGAUCUAGUGCCCAUAUCAGUUCCUAAACCUGGGGAAAACGAACCGGAGCUAGUGGCUAAACCUUCGACAUCCUUGAAGGCGUCCUCCAGUUCUGGUGCGAAUGUUCGUGCAUCCACCUCGGAUUGCCCACUCGUCGCCGGUGAUAAUGCUAUCUAUCUGCAGUAUCUGGGCAACAAGUUUGGCAAAUACUCCAAACGAACCAUGAACACUGUUCAGUUCCAUAUAAAUCGCAUUCUUUAUAUGGCCGAUAUGGGACACUUUGAGGAGAAGGAAGGAAAUCCCACUGGCGAAUCCGAUUCUAAUUGACCAUCGCCUUGGUCUGUGUUAUUAUUACCGUUACUCGUAUCCUAGGGUAUAUUGUAUUCAUGUCUGUCU